AUGCCGGCCGUCAUCUUGUACCAAGUUCCGCGUACCCCUCCGCGGUACAAAACUGUCUGCGAACCUCCCUCCCCGCUUGCACGCUACAGCCGUGUCUUUCCUCGCCCGCUUCCUUCCUUACUCGCCUGGAAGGCUGCCUGUAUGGUAUUCCCAGCUAUAGAAGGCUCUCACCCGGUCUCCUCUUCCUGCAAGGGCAAUCCAAACACUCUUGCCAUCCCCCCUCGCGCGCGCAAAUUUAUGUUCACCCCACCUGACCAUCUAGAGUCCAAGGCUACACUCUCGACUCCCCCGAACGUGACAUCUGACCAAGAUCCCCCGAAGACCUCUUCGAAACGCAAGCUGGAUGAAGCUAGUUUCAGAUUGCCAAGCGAAACGGACCCCUUCUUACAAUUCGUACUCAACGCCGGUCGAAAUUGUAAGCGCUCGCGUGUCAAUCGGGAUAAGGAGUCGCGGCGGUUAUUGAACACGGAACUUCAUAUCGAUCCGUAA